AUGAAGAUUGCCUUUAUUCACCCUGAUCUCGGAAUUGGAGGCGCAGAACGCUUGAUUGUGGAUGCCGCAGUCGGACUUAAGUCCAGAGACCACCAAGUCGUAAUCUAUACUAGUAGAUUCGACCGUUCCCAUGCCUUUACAGAAACCACAGAUGGUACUCUCGACGUGCGUGUGCGUGGAGAUGGAAUUAUCCCUCGCAACUUUGGCGGAAGACUCUCGAUUCUUUGCGCUAUGCUGCGCCAGCUUCACCUGGUAGUCAACCUCAUUAACACAAAGGAAGGCCAGAUAUAUGACGUCUUUAUUGUCGACCAACUUUCCAUUUGCAUUCCGCUUAUUCGCGAGUAUUUCCCCAGUGCCAAAAUCCUCUUCUACGGCCACUUCCCAGACAAACUUUUGUCUGACCAUACCUCCAUCAUUAAAAAAAUCUAUAGACUCCCCUUUGACGCCCUUGAAGAAUGGUCCACUGGACUCUCCGACGUUAUCGUCGUCAACUCAAACUUUACAAAAACAGUAUUCCGUGAAGCUUUCCCCAGAAUUAAAAGCCAUCUAGAUGUCCUGUACCCUUGUGUCAACACCACCGACUACCUCAAGUACACACCUUCUCCAUUCCCAGCAAAGUCCUUUGUCCUUUCCAUUAACCGUUUUGAAAAAAAGAAAAACAUUGAACUCGCAAUUAAUGCGUUUAGUAUUGCAACUAAAGACCACGCAACAACUCCUGCAAAACUAAUCCUUGCUGGCGGUUACGACUUCAAAGUCAAAGAAAAUACCCUUUAUCUAGCAGAGCUCCAAACCCUUUGCAGUCGUCUGGGCCUCUCCUAUGCCACUAUUUGGCCCACCGAUGGGCCCUCGGCUUACCACACCCGCGACGUGCACUCUAAAACAGUCAUUUUUAUUCCCUCCAUCCCAGACUCGGUCAAAAAACAACUCCUUGCCGAUGCUGCUAUUCUCGCAUACACACCCUCCAACGAGCACUUUGGUAUUGUCCCGCUAGAAGCCAUGCUUGCAGGAACUCCUGUUCUUGCAACUAACUCGGGUGGGCCCCUUGAAACAGUUACCCAAGCCACGGGCUGGCAUGAACCCCCGGACCCUGAAAAAUGGGCUCCUAUUUUGCAGUUUGCUCUUUUUGGAAUGACCCAAGAGCAGCGUGACACAUAUGCCCAUAACUGCAGGGUUCUUGUGCUUUCCAAAUUUUCUGAAACUGAAAUGGCCCUCGAGUUUGAAAAGUAUUGUCAGAUUGCAUUCUCCUCAAAACGCGAUGACAGCUACUCUUUCAAAACUCUCGAAGGCAUUCUCAUUGUUAUCGGCAUGAUUAUCUUAUUCGGAUUGUUUAUUUUAUUAAAGGGUUAA